UAUCAGGCACUUGUGGGAUUGCGCACGAGUCAGUCGUGCUUUACCCAUUCGGGAGUAAAGAUCAAGUAUUAACGCAAAGUAUCAUUAAUUUAUUAAAUAACUCUCUAAUUUAAAUACGUAUAUAAUAAAAAUUUAGUAAUUAAACAAUGGAUAAACUAAUAGGACGAAUUGUACUCUGUGGGGCGAUUCUGAAUCUCAGCUCAGAGAGCGCUAUCCGAGAGGAUAUGGCGGUCGUUCGUAUCUGCAAUGCCAGCGACCCCAUUGACGUACACAUAUUCAAUGACUACAUGAUGCAUCACAACUUUAAUCACUUGGAGAAUCAGGCCCAGCAUGAACUCGCUUGUUUCUUGUUAUGCAUCUACAGUGAGCAUCACUGGAUGGACCGCCAUGGAAGCUUCAGAGUGCACAAUAUUAGAUCAUGGAUGCUCAGUGCUGAGCAAUCUGAAAUCGACACGGAAAUUAUUUUGGAGAGGUGUACAAAACCAGUAUUAUCGGAUCCAUGCAAUCGAGCCCGUGAAUUCACCGAGUGCUUCUGGUCUACUAAUCAGGGAAUGCCGAGACCCAGCUAUCAUCACGCACUUCAUUCGAUGAUUCGAAAAGCAGAUUUGGUAUAGCCCAGGCUUUUGGUGCAGUUCUCCA